AUGGAUAAUGGUGUUGUUAUACCCCAAGGCGGACGCGUGGUGUUUCUCUUGAAAGCCAGCUCAUCUGUCUGUGCUAACGAGAUAUCUUCAAGUGCCGCAAAGUACCCAUCGCCUCACUACUGUGAAAACUUUGUUGAAUUGGCCGGGCCGAUUUACAGGCUAAUCAAUUCUUUACGUAGUUACUUGUACGAUUCUCAGAAAGGGAAAACCGUUUUACAACUUGGUAUCGAGAUACUGUCGGACGGACCCGAAGGUAGUCGGGAGUGUUCGGAAACCGAGGCAUUCCAGUGUGACGAACAGCUCCAGGCGUGCAUUGACAAGUCGCUCGUGUGUGACGGAGUCAGUCAGUGUCGUAACGGAUAUGACGAGAGUGUCGCCAUCUGUGGUUGCCUUCCGACAGAAUUUCAGUGCAACAAUUCUCACUGUAUUAGCCUCAUUAAAAGAUGCGACCACAACUGGGACUGUAAAGAUGGCAACGAUGAGUUAGACUGCGAAACGUUUGAGUGCCCGAGCACGCACGUCAAAUGCGACAACCACUUUUGUAUACCACGUGACAAGGAGUGCAACUUUAUCGACGACUGUGGGGACAAUUCCGAUGAAAGCACGUGCAAGCGACGCGACUGCCACUCUACCGAAUUCCGCUGCAACAACUCCCAGUGUAUCCCUACGACGUACCUGUGUGACGGACAGCGUGACUGUACGGACGGAACAGACGAAGAAGCCCAGACGUGUAACAUCCACUUCAAAUGUCCCAGCGGUCUGUACAUCCACCGGAAAGUCGUGUGUGACGGCUGGGUGGACUGUAGACACACCCACCUCGACGAGACCGAUUGUGGUCUGUGUACUGACAGUCAGUUUGCGUGUCAUAACAAUCAGUGUAUCGAAUUCGCCAAUGUGUGCGACAACGUCUGCGACUGCGUCACGUGCGAAGAUGAGAUCAACUGCGGUCCGGUUACGAAGUGCGAGCCGGGGAAACACUACCACUGCCGAGAACACGACCGCUGUAUCAAGAGUCAGUACCUGUGUGACAACACCAACAACUGUCUCAACACCAAGAGCGGGGCCGACGAGUACUUCUGUUGGAAUAUUUCCAACGGGUGUCGAGACUUCCGGAAUAACGGCAGAACGUCGGAGGAAUACAUCGUUUGUCCCGAGGGACGCUGUCUGCCGGCGUCGUUACGGUGUGACCACAUCAACGACUGUCUUAACGGCGAGGACGAACUAAACUGUGAUUUCCCCCCGUGUGAGGCCGGCGAGUACAGAUGUGAUAACCACCAGUGUAUUCCGCACGUACAGAGGUGUGACGGUAACAUGGACUGCCACGACAGAUCCGACGAGGUUAGCUGUGAACAUCACCAGUGUCGUGAAGGUCAUCGGAAGUGCGCUGGAGGUCAGUGCAUACCUGACGCCUUCUGGUGCGACCACUGGAAAGAUUGUCCAGAUAACUCGGACGAAUCCAACUGCGACUACCCACCAUGCAAUGCUGAUGAAUUCACGUGCAACAGUGGCCAGUGCAUACCCAACACUUACGUCUGCUACCAUGGGGCGAAGGACUCCCGGCUGGGUUGUGCUGACAGGUCUCAUCUCAUUAAUUGCUCCCUGUGGGUGUGUCGCUCCGAUCAGUUUAAAUGUCGCAGCAGCUACUGUAUUGACGCUGAGCAAGUCUGUGACUCUCACCUAGACUGUACCAUGACCUUCUGGGACGAGCGGCCGUGUCCGUACACGUGCCCCUACAAGUUCGAGGUGUGUAUGUGUGAGAACGAGGAAAUGAACUGUGAGGGGCGGGGCCUCACCAGCCUGCCCGCGGUGCUACAUCACGCCAUCCGGGACGGACAAACCAAGUUUCGUCUUGGCAGCAACCUGUUCAAUGAUACCCUCACGGAGGACACAUUCCACGGCCUGGACCGACUCUCAUACCUGGACCUGAGUAACAACUCGAUUUCCAUCAUCCCUGAAGGCUGUUUCAAAUCGCUAUGGAGGCUGUCCACUCUGAACCUACAAAACAACCAGCUGAGAAUGUUAAGGAAUGCAACCUUUAUAGGACUGGUCAACUUAAAACAUGUUUAUCUCCAAGGUAACCAGAUUGAAUCAAUUCACCCUGAUGCAUUUCUUGGUCUUUCUCAUUUGCGAUCACUAGACUUGAGUUACCAGACUCUCACGGUUCUUCCUCAGAACGCAUUUCUGGGUCUACGCAAUCUUUACGCCUUGAAUCUCUCGCACAACGACAUCAGCUUCAUCGCAGACGGAACAUUCAACGGUCUCGACAACCUUCUCACGCUGGAUAUCUCUGGUAAUAAGAUCGAGCUGAUUGAACAAAAUGUCUUCCACGGAAUACCUCGGCUUGAAACCCUGUAUUCUGACGAGUACCGGUUCUGCUGUCUGGCCAAGGGGGUGAGCCAGUGCUAUCCAGAGCCCGACGAGUUCUCUUCUUGCGAGGAUCUCAUGUCCAACUACGUGCUCAGAAUCAGCAUCUGGGUUCUAGGCAUGGUGGCCUCGUUCGGAAACUUGCUCGUAAUUGGCUGGAGAGCGCGUGACAUCAGAGGGGGAAAGGUGCACUCAUUCCUCAUCACAAAUCUCGCCAUCGGCGACUUCUUCAUGGGCGUGUACCUGAUGAUCAUCGCCGUCGUCGACUCCUACUACCGCGGCGUCUACAUCGUGCACGACAAGUUCUGGAAGGAGAGCAACCUGUGUCGCUUCGCCGGCUUCAUCUCCACCUUCUCCAGCGAGCUGUCCGUCUUCACGCUCACCGUCAUAACCCUUGACCGGCUCAUCUGCAUAAUAUUCCCGCUCAAAUUCAAACGUCUGGGCCUUAAAGAAGCGUCCAUCGUCAUGGCCUCGAUGUGGGUGCUGGUGUUCAUCAUAUCUCUCCUGCCAUUGGUCGGUUUGAACUAUUUUGAGCACUUCUAUGGCCGCUCGGGCGUGUGUCUCGCUCUGCACGUGACACCGGCCAAACCGCCCGGAUGGGAGUACUCGGUGGCUGUGUUUCUAGCGAUCAAUUUCGUGUCUUUCAUGGCGAUAUUUCUGUCGUAUCUGUGGAUGUUUUUCGUGGCCAAGAAAACGAGGAAUGCAGUGCGGACCCCCGAGUCGAAGACGGACCGGGCGAUGGCGCGAAGGAUGACUCUCAUCGUCAUGACUGACUUCUUCUGCUGGGUUCCAAUCAUAUUGCUGGGAUUUAUCUCGCUAGGGGGCGUCCAUGUCACAACAGAGGUGUACGCGUGGAUAGCUGUGUUUAUACUGCCGCUGAAUUCGGCGGUCAACCCAGUACUGUACACCAUAUCGACGGCGCCAUUCCUCGGCAAUGUCCGGAAGCGAGCCAACAUAUUUCGGAAAUCGUUCGUCACCUCGUUUACCACUGAUGUCAAGACAAGUUAUGUCGAUGACAGAUCUUCCGUCUGGGAAAGAAAUACUAGUAAUUCAAAAUCAGCCUAUCGUCACAUGGACUUAAUACGCAUGCGCAGUUUGAACAACAGGUCGCCAGUGCACUCGCAGACAGAUUCCGACUAUUAAUGAUGGCUUGAUCUGUUUUCUAAAAAACCCAUGAACGACUGAUUUAAGUUUUAUGAUUUGUCAUGCUUUGAUAUACAUGUAUGACACAAACUCUGUUAAAGGGACAGACCCUAGUUUCAACCUGUAAAAAUCAACACUAAGUUUAGUUAAUCUACAAACCUGGAACACAUUUGGAUAA